CGUGUUGGGAGGAACUACAAUUCCCAGAAUGCAGUCGGUCAGAUUUGUAUCUAAGUCGCCAUCAUCAUCUCUUCAAUCCACUGAUUACAAUAAAGCAUUCACACCCUUCUACACGUUCAAUUUUAAUUCGUUGUACAGUAUAACGAUCAGCGUUAGUUUUUCCGUGAGCAGAUAGCUGGCGGGGCUCGGUUAUUCGCCCGGAUCCAUUUCAGAGCAGAACCUGGAGCCGGACUGGAUUAAUCGUCGGAUCCGGCGCGACCGUUAAACUGGCAGCGUUCGAGAGUUUGGACCGUGGGGACGGUGAUGGAGUUGUCACCGCUUAUCAAGAAAUUGGGUCAUCAGCUUGUGGAAAUUAGAGUUCGAGCGUUGAAGAAUAUUUUGUGCAAAAUUGAUCAUGGUUUGGUUUCUGUUGUUGAUCUGGCUCAAGAAAAAAACCUUUUCAUUCGACUUCUGGAAUGGUUCAACUUUCCAACUGUUCCAAUGCAAGAAGAAGUACUCUCACUAUGUAAUCAUCUUGUAAAACACUCUUCAGUUGCCCAAUUAUUUCGAGAAAUUGGAGCUUUGGAAUUUCUAGCACAAUUGCGAUCCAAUGUGGAGCCAAAGUUACAAGCAUGCAUCGAUGAGAUUAUGGAUGAUCUGUUCAGACUGCCAGAUACGAUUGUUGAUGUGCCACCUAUUGCCUAUCAGUCACAACCUCUGAAAUCCUCUGAUGAUAAAGCUAUACCACCUGUAACAUUCGAAGAAGAAAUGGUCGGUUACUUUCAGAAAAGCAGCUACAGUCAAAUAAAUGAAAGCAGAAGUUUGCCUCAGAAAGCAAUUGUUAAUGAUACAGUGAAAUGCCUGAAGUAUUCCACCUUUCCUUGGUUGACACUGACUAUGACAGACAGACAUGUUCUUUCAUCAACUGCAAGCUCUUUGAAAAGCAGUAAUCACACCUUGGUUCGCAAUACGUGUGAACUUCUGCAAGAUGUUAUAAUGCAGGAUUUUCCUGCUGAGAUCUUCCUUCAGCGUCCAAAGAUCGUCCAGAACCUUCUUUUGAUGACAAAAUUGGCAUUUGGUGGAGAUGGAACACAAUAUUUAGCAAAACAAGCUGUAGGUUGUUUGACCCAACUGUCUGUCUAUCUACAAAGAAGACUAAACUUCCACAGGGAUCCCAGCUUCUUUUCUGCAAAACAAGAUUUACUUUCACAGCAGUCUUCUGUGGCCUAUUCUCAGGAAACAAGGGGGACACACAUUUCCCAAAAUCCCUCUUUUAGAAGUACCAGUCCGAGACCAUCUGUCAUUGGACGAACUGUUCACCCCCCCCCCCCCCCCCCAGAUUUACUUUCACAGCAGUCUUCUGUGGCCUAUUCUCAGGAAACAAGGGGGACACACAUUUCCCAAAAUCCCUCUUUUAGAAGUACCAGUCCGAGACCAUCUGUCAUUGGACGAACUGUUCAGCGUCCCAGAGGAGAUGGCCAAGAUGGUGAUGCAGUAUCGUCAAGGGCUUAUAUUUGUUUGGAAUGCACAGCACUUAAUUUUAUUGGAGUCUCAGGAAAUUUAAUUCAGAAUUUCCUAAUUAAUAUGCCAGAUCUUCGUUAG